AAUUCAACUCAUCUCAUCCAUAAUAUUCUCACGAAGAUGGCGGACACGCAAGGUGAACAAAAAACCCACGAAGCUGAGAAUGGAGAAGCAGCUGCAAGUAAUCCUACGUCUGAUGAAGAUCGUCUGUUGCAAGCAGCCCGGGACAAAGACAUCAGCGAAGUUACAAGACUGUCCAGCCAAUGGAAUAUCAAAAUUGACUAUUUUGACAAGAAUGGGAUGACAGCAUUAAUGCAUGCUGCAUACAAAGGAGACAAUGAAUCACUUGAUGUCUUGAUCACACAUGGUGCUGAUGUCAACAGAAAAAGCUCUGAUCAUGGAUACACUCCAUUGAUGUUUGCAACAUUAGCAGGCUCAACAGAAUGUGUUCAACUUUUACUCGAUGCCGGUGCCGAUCCAUCAAUUGAGAACAAAAUAGGGAAAACUGCAACACAAUUAGGAGCAUUUGUUGGUAGGCAUGACUGCGUCAGCCUGAUUAAUAACUAUAUUGCCAGACAUGACAUCGAGUACUACACAAAGCCUCAAGGUUUGGAAAAAGAGCCAAAACUAGCAUCAUUUCUGGCCGAGCCCUUGCAGCGUUUUAUCAUCAUUACAAAUCUUCAUCCUGUUUUUAUUUCCUUAUUUUUACAAGAAAACAUCGCCUUGGUUGAAAACUCGACUCAAGUGACGCGAAUCCUCGAUUUGAAACGAGAACACCUGUUCAAAAAGGAGGUUAACGAGAUCAUGGCAAUGAAGGUUCAUUGUUUUGCUUGUGUUUACGAGAAAUGCGUCAAAUGGCAUGAAACCGAGGAUGGAAUCGAAGGCUUCAUUAAAAAGUUAUUGAAGGGCAGAGAAAGUGAUGGCUUUCCUCUGGCUAUGGAAGAUUUUCUACGAGAAUCAAUUCGUUCGUUUCCUUAUCGUGAAUCCAAUCUCUUCAAACAGUUAGUGAGGACCAUGUAUCCAGUUGUUCGGGGCAAUGAGCCGACCGCAUUAUCAGCACUCACUCAGUCAAUUAACGGUCUGCAAAGUGCAAACUUCUCUAACUCGUGUUAUGCUUGUGGGCAAGGCAAUUCCAACAAGAAAUGUGGCCAGUGUAAAGUGGCAAAGUACUGCAGUCAAGAUUGCCAAAAAAGGCACUGGUUCACACACAAAAAGCACUGCAAGAACUUGGGCAUUCAACAUCAGAAGCUCUUAAAAGAGCAGGAAGAGCUGGAACGAUUGCAGAAAGAGGCUGCUGCCAAGGAGAAGGCUGAAGAGGAGGCUCAAAGCCAGACGCAAGAAAUAACUGAAAUCAGUCUAACGAACGGAGAGGACACAAGUGAGGUUGCGGAGCAACAAGUAGACGCUGCACAGGCAACUGAGCAGCUAGUUGAAAGUUCAUAGGUACAGUUAACAUUUGCGAUGACGUCAUUUGAGAUCUGGGUUUUUUGGGACGUCCGAAAGAGUUGGUGUUACCUAAUUUGGGAGCUAUGUGAUGGAAUUUCCAUGGCUGUCCCAAAUUGGUGGUUGAAAUAUCUAUGUAUUUAUUCAUUCUGGGAUUUUCAUUUUGAUGGUUUUAAUAUCAACUUGUAAAUUUUAGUUGUCUGUACCAAAGAAACUGCAAGAUAGUGUAAAAAAAGACAUUUGAAGCUAAAGAUAUAAAUAUAUAAAUAUAUAUAGAAAAAUCGAGUAUUUAUUAUUGAGUGAAAUAAAUGAAGUUUUCUUUUGACGCAUG